AUGCUAUAUUUCCUACUUCAGCCGUUUCAACUUCCGCAGAACCUUACCUACACUAAACCUGGAGGUCCAGGCUCGGGUGCUGGUAAUAGCGACGAUGGCAAAUGUGAACUAAUAGGCACAUUUUCUCUUUUCACGCAAGCUGUUUUAGGUGUUUUAUGUGUAUCGAGUCUUUUGGCUAAAAGAUAUUUUUACGAGUAUCCCAUACGACGAACAUGGCCCGUGUGGUGCUUUGAUGUGAGUAAGCAAUUGAUUGGUGCUUUUGGAGUGCAUAUUUUCAAUGUCAUUUUGUCGAUGUUGAAGACUGCUCCAGAGUUUGUUUUGAUGAUGAGGAGAAAUCGAAAUGGUGGAAGUAAUGGAGGAAAUGGUGGUGAUGGUGGUGGUGAUGGUGGUGAUGACGAUAAUGAUACUAGUGAUAACGAUGACCCAUGUGAUUGGUAUUUCUUAAGCAUUGUUUUAGAUUGCACUAUUGGCGUCUACAUUCUUUACUUGGUGUUCAAGAGUAUGAACUACAUUUUGAAGCAUUAUUUUCGUGCGACUCAAAUCAACAGUGGUGAGUAUGGAAAUGUUAACCAUCCCAGCUUUAGGGCUUUUGCAAAGCAACUCGCGGUAUAUUUCUCCAGUUUGAUGAUUACAAAGAUUAUCUUGUAUGGCAUUGUUGAGAUCUUUGAGAGGCAGUUGUUGUGGAUUACAUCGCAUAUACUUUUGGCUUGGCUCGAUGAGUACCCUGAUGAGUUUGAAAUAUUUAUGGUGAUGUUUAUCAUCCCUAUUGUGAUGAAUUGUUUGCAGUUGAUCUUGAUUGACAAUUUCAUAAGAAACCAGAUGUGGGUCGAUGGAAAUAAAUUAUUAAGUUUAAGGUUCCCCAAAUGGGACUUGGAGAGUGCAAGUGUGAGGAAAAGAGAGAUUGAUGAAAUUAUGGGAGGAGAGCAAGCUGCAGAGGCAGAGGCAGAGUCGGGGAGAAACGAUUCAAGCAGAAGUAAAAAUAGUGCUGAUGUUGGUGAAGAGAGUAUAAGUAAUACUGAUGGGUUAAGGAGCCCGAGAAGUCACGACUAUGGUGCAGUUAAUGAUCGAUGA